GCGGUUUGACGCCUUUAUUGAAAGCAGCAUCCAUUUGUAGAUACAUUCAUCAAAUGAAUACUUGUUUGUUUAACAUGUACAUGGGGCCUUCUUUCUUUUGUAUUUGUAGAUAAAAAGACUUGGACAGCCCAUUCUUUCUUUUUAUUUAUUAUUAUUAUUAUUAUUUCAGGAUCAUCAGUCCAAAGCCACCCCUUCUUCUUCUUUUUAUUCUAUUAAGAAUCUUGUGUUGGUGGGUUUUUAGAGAUCUAAAGUGGGUUCAAUUCAACAUUCUUUUUGAAUUGUUGUUUCUAUCUAAUGGAUUCAUCUGAUCGAUUGUUUAGUAGACACAGAACUAUCCAUGACAUCCUUGGUGGAGGCUGUGUUGCAGAUGUGAUACUGUGGAGGCAAAAGAAUGUAACUUGUGGGAUACUCUCAGUGGCUCUAGCUUCCUGGGUGGUGUUUGAGAGAUCAGGUUACACUGUGUUAUCACUUGUUUCCAGUGUUCUUCUUCUCCUCGUUGCCAUUCUCUUUCUUUGGGCCAAAUCUGCUUCCAUUCUUAACAGACCUGCUCCACCUUUACCGCGAUUGCAUCUAUCAGAAAAAAUGGUAAAUGAAGCUGCAGCUUUCAUCCGCACUAGUGUAAAUGAUUUCCUCUCAGUUUCGCAAGACAUUGCGCUUGGCAGAGACACAAGGUUGUUCUUUCAAGUCGCUGGCUACCUCUUACUGAUAUCCAUUAUUGGUGGUUUCACUGAUUUCCUUACUCUGUGUUACGCCAGUCUCCUUAUUGUACUUACAAUCCCCGCACUCUACGAAAGGUAUGAAGAUUUUAUUGAUAAUUACGUGAAGAUGGUCUGCAAGAAAUCACAACAAUUGUAUGUGAAGUUUGAUAUAGAGUGUAUAGGUAGGAUUAAGAAAUGGAUUUUGGAGAAGCAGAAACUUAGUUGAUACUCUGUAUCUAUUUCCUUCUCUGUUCUGGAAUUUGUUAACUCUGCAAAGGAGCUGAUGACUAGGGAGUGGUUAGGGUUGGGUGUGUUCUACAUUGCGGUACCGCUCGAGUCAUUGAUUGAGCUAUGAGGGUGACUGGGAGAUUGAUGUAUUUCUUUUUGUUUGUUUUAUUUUUGGCUUCUUUAGAACAUAUUCUCCCAUUUUUGUUUAUUCUAAUUUCUUUUACAGUCUUCUUGGCAUCUGGAGAUAAAAUGUAUAGGAUUUUCCUCCUUAAAUGGACGAAAAAUGAAAAACAAAUGAGUUUUUUGUUUAUUCUUGUACCAAUUUGAGAUUUAUAGAAGUCACUAUUUUUGGUAA